AUGCACAAUGCAGACGUCCAAGAUGAAGCUCAAUGGCAAAAAAUAGUUUUGCAAGAUGCUGUUUCGGUUAACGGAGUAAAGGGACGAGUUAAAUUCAUAGGGGAAACAAAAUUUGCCAAAGGCAUAUGGUACGGUAUUGAACUAAAUAAACCAUUAGGAAAGAAUGAUGGAAGUGUGAAUGGGAUCCGUUACUUCUUUAUCGAAGAGAAGAAAAUUGCUACAAACGGUCCCUGUUAUGGUCUUUUCUGUAAGAGGAAUGCGUUGCAAUUGUGCAACCCAGCUAAUAAUGAGCCCAGUUUGCUAAAGAAUGAUAAUACAUUACACGAUAAAGUUAAAGCACUCCAAGUACAAUGUGAAUCAUUGACGUCCGAAUUAGAUGUAAGUGAACAACAAAAAGAUCAGCUUAGAGCCGCCAUUGAGAAUCUAAGUAUUAGUGAAAGUGAUCUACUGUCUCAAACUUCAGGGUUGAAUAAAUUGGUGGAAGCAUUGAAAGUGGAAAAUGAUGAUAUGAAAAUACGUUUAGAAGAAUUCGCUAUAUCAACAGAUCUUUCAAAUAAUACAGUAGCACAAAAUUUUGACGUAAAAAAACUAUGGGACAAUAACCGGCUUCUUCAAGGACUACUUGAACAAACGACGGCGUCAUAUAACGAAGCCAUGAAAGUGCAGGAAGACUUACUCGAGGAAAACACCCAAUUGCUGGAAGAAAAUACAGCAUUGUCCAAAAAAAUAUCAGAUCAAACUUUAAGAUUGGAACAGACUAAUGUAACAAUCAGCGAUCUUGCCCAACAGCUUGAAGCUCAAAGUAAAUCUUCAAACAUUGUUGAUAAGUUGACAAAUGAUAAUAUUUUACUCACAAAUGAUAUAAAAUCUUUGAAAAAGCAGAUAAAGGAAGUGUGUGCAAAAGAAAAGCUUAAUGAACACUUAAGAUUUACUUAUGAAGAACUUGAGCAGGAGUUGAACUUACAAUUGAGUAACUUACAGUCUGCGUUGGAAAAUAAACAAAUUUUAGCAAAUAAUUACAUUGAAGAAAAUGCAAGACUAAAAUCAAUGUUGAAGUUAUCAGAGUCACAGGCAACUGACAAAUGUCAAGGCCUUGAGCUUAAAGUAAAUACUUUAAAUGAGGAAUUAUAUCAGAAUAAGCUGCUUAAAGAAUUUUACAAAGUGUGUGAACCAUUUGCACAGCCACAUCUGGGGGUUCUUUCUUCUCAAUUACAAUAUUUAGCCGACGUAAUGGAAGGCGAAAACGCUGCAUGUUCUUCUUUCAUGGUUAUCCAGAAUUAUACGGUUUUGAAAAUAUUAAGUUGUAUUUGUCACGCACUACACACUUAUUCGAUGAAGAAAGCGCCGACAUGCCUAGAAACUACGGCGCAGGACUUUGAAUUCAAUAAUAUUCAAAUUUCUAUGUGGCUGAGCGAGUUUUUGCAACGAAGAUUUUCUUCAAAACAAGAAAUCGCCUCUUCUAUCUGCAAGUUUCUAAAAGAAAACGAAUUUCUAGAUAAAGACGUUACUUUGAUACUAAGAAUACUUCAUCCAAUAUUUGAAACUAUUAUUCCGAAGCUGUUGGCAGCUUUCAAAGGCAGCAAUGACAUAAGUAACGAGGAUGUGCUGUUCUUUAUUAGUUCGCUCUAUGAGACGUCGUUUUCAGUCACUGCCAAGAUUGGCGAACUUAUUGAGGAGCAAGAAGUCUUGAAACAAAAUAAAAAUCUACUUCUAAACCCUGCUUGCAAUUCGACUUUGUCCUCUAUUUUAGAGACAUUUUUUUCGAAUCCAGUUUUUUUGCAACAAGAAUCUAGUUGCCAGCAUUCUUUAGAAAUGCUAAAAUAUUAUUUUUUGGAAGUAGAGAGUUUCUUGGAGAGUAAAAUCAUAUUCACAGAAUAUGCUAGUCAAACGUCAGUUAGUUCCGAAAGUGUCCAAAAAAGUGGGGAAGAUGAAUUUCUAACGCUACCCCUGAGUGAUCACUUCAGUGAAGAGAAUAGUCAUCUUAAAGAAAUAUUGCUUCAAAAGCAAAAUAACUUGACUGAAUUGCAAACGAAAAUCAAAAUCAUUUCUGCAAGAGAUUCGGAAAGGAAAUAUCUUGAAGAGAAUAUCAAAAGUCUACAAAAAGACCUCAACAAGAAAAAAAAGGAGAUCCAUUCCAAAUCAGAAAUGCUUCAUACACUAAAAGAAGAAAAUGCCAACUUACUAAGCAGUUUGAAAAAUAUGGAACUAGGCCUUUACCAGAUAGAGAGUAAUAGUAAUCUAAACAGAAUGCACUUAUCAAGAAAAGAAGUAGACAGAAUAAACUUGGUUUCUGAGAUCAUGGAGUUGAAAGAAACUGUAAAAAGACAAGUAAAAGAUAAGAAACAGGUAGGCAUUGAUUUCAGCUGGCUUGACGAAUUGUUGAUUGUCGAAAAAAAGCAGUCAUCUGAAGGGCAUCUUUACCGCGGUUUGAACACCUUGGGGGGAGAGAUGGCCGAUUUUGUUAAUAAUUCACGGAUUAUAGAUCUAGGCUUUUAUGAAUCGUUUAAAGAGAACGAAUUAUUGAAUGAAAUAGACGACUCUUACGUCACCUAUUUGAAACACAAGAGGAAAAAUAUACUAUUUAAAUUCCAAAAUACUGUUACAUAUGGCGAAUAA